AUGCUGACCCGCCUGUUCAGCGAGCCCGGCCUCCUCUCGGACGUGCCCAAGUUCGCCAGCUGGGGCGACGGCGACGACGACGAGCCGAGAAGCGACAAGGGCGACGCGCCACCGCAGCCACCGCCUGCUCCCGGGUCGGGGGCUCCAGGACCCGCCCGGGCCGCCAAGCCAGUGUCCCUUCGUGGAGAAGACGUCCCCGAAGCCACGUUGGCUGAGGUCAAGGAGGAAGGCGAGCUGGGUGGUGAGGAGGAGGAGGAAGAGGAGGAGGAGGAAGGGCUGGACGAGGCUGAAGGCGAACGGCCCAAGAAGCGCGGGCCGAAGAAACGCAAGAUGACCAAGGCGCGUCUGGAGCGCUCCAAGCUGCGGCGACAGAAGGCCAACGCGCGGGAACGCAACCGCAUGCACGACCUGAACGCAGCGCUGGACAACCUGCGCAAGGUGGUGCCCUGCUACUCCAAGACGCAGAAGCUGUCCAAGAUCGAGACGCUGCGCCUGGCCAAGAACUACAUCUGGGCUCUCUCGGAGAUCUUGCGCUCCGGAAAGCGACCGGAUCUGGUGUCCUACGUGCAGACUCUGUGCAAGGGGCUGUCGCAACCCACCACAAAUCUGGUGGCUGGCUGCCUGCAGCUCAACUCUCGUAACUUCCUCACAGAGCAGGGCGCGGACGGCGCUGGCCGCUUUCACGGCUCGGGUGGUCCGUUCGCCAUGCACCCGUACCCGUACCCGUGCUCUCGCCUGGCGGGUGCACAGUGCCAGGCGGCCGGCGGCCUGGGCGGAGGCGCGGCGCACGCCCUGCGGACCCACGGCUACUGCGCCGCCUACGAGACGCUGUACGCGGCGGCGGGUGGCGGCGGUGCCAGCCCGGACUACAACAGUUCCGAGUACGAGGGCCCGCUCAGUCCCCCGCUCUGUCUCAACGGCAACUUCUCCCUCAAGCAGGACUCGUCUCCCGAUCAUGAGAAGAGCUACCACUACUCUAUGCACUACUCGGCGCUGCCCGGCUCGCGGCCCGCGGGCCACGGGCUGGUCUUUGGCUCGUCGGCCGUGCGCGGGGGCGUGCACUCCGAGAAUCUCUUGUCUUACGAUAUGCACCUUCACCACGACCGGGGCCCCAUGUACGAGGAGCUCAACGCGUUUUUCCAUAACUGA